AUGCAGAAAAAGGGCUCAAAGUCUGGUCAUAGAGCAUGGCAUACCCUUCGCUUAGCCCUUCUAUGGGCUAGAAAAGGUGGCAUACUCAGAAACAAAUUCGCCUUAAGUUUAAGCUUACUUCAAAAGGGUGUUAGGAGUCCCCGCCACCCAAAUGGCGGCGGCGCCCUCAUUUACGGCGAACGUGAACUCUCCUUCGACCAAACUCCAAUUAUCCAUGUCAAAAUGCACCGGCCUUCUUCGCUCCGUUUCAAAAUGCCACACAUUCCGUGCAUUAAUCCUCAUGUGGAUUUUGAUUAUGAUUUUGAGCUCAACGAUGAUCAGGACAGAAUUUAUUACAAUGAUGUGCCAAGAAAGAGUUUUUUAAAGGGAGUAGAGGACUAUAAUGAUGAUCAAGAAGAUGACGAUGAUCAUGGGUUGGAUCAGUUUUUCUUGAAGGUUGAUCGAAGCCUUGAUCAUCAGCAGAGCAAAUUGAAGUGA